AUGGCACCAACAGUCCACUGUGUUCGCCACGCCCAGCUGCGCGAUUCCUUCCCUUUCCAUGACAAGAUCGACCUUAUGACUGCUUCGCCGCUGCGUCGCACCAUCUACACGGCAUUGGAGAGCUUCGAGCCUGUCUUCUCCAUGCACCCAGAAAUGAAGCUUCUUGCUCUUCCGGAUGUACAGGAGACUUCGGAUGUGCCCUGUGAUACCGGCAGCGACCCUCAGGUCCUGCGAGAGGAGUUCGCAGACAAGAGCGUAGACCUGGAAAUGGUUCACGAGGAUUGGAACAACAAGGCUGGUCGUUACGCCCCAACCAACGCAGCCCUAAAGGAACGAGCCCGCGCCGCCCGCCGAUGGUUGAAAGCCCGUCCGGAGAAGGAGAUCGUUGUCGUUACUCAUGGUGGAUUCCUGCAUUACCUCACCGAAGACUGGGAAGAUAGCAGCACAUACCAGGGUACAGGAUGGUUGAACACUGAAUGGCGAUCAUACACUUUCUCUGAUGAGAGCCACGGUGAUGAUCUGGAUGGAAAGGCGCUGGAUGGAGAGAACUUCACACUCAUCGAGACUGUUGAGUCACGGGAACGCCGUGGAAAGGAGGGCCCUACGCCGGGUCGAGAGGAGCAGAAGACGCUUUACAAGAAGGGUACUCAAGGUUGGGAUGACCAAGGUCUAUUCCAGAGCCAGGAGGAGCGGGAUGCGGCUAAGGUGCCGGAGGGUGAGGAGAUCAAUGGGGUUCGAGUAUGA